AUGGAGAUGAAGCAACACACCAUCAUCAGCAUUAAGAAAUUUCACUUUAAAGAGAAACAUGAUGUCCUGAUGUCACAACAACAGCAACCUCUUCUACCUUUACUUAAAAAUACAAGGAUUGAAUUUGAAGCACUUUGUAGUAAAUAUUGGAGAAAUAUGCUCCAUUCUGUACUUUUCCUACAGCGUCAAUUAAUAAAUGAUGCAUAA